GUUAGCCGAACCCCGACUCCGGAACAACAAACAUAUUUUGGUCUCACAAGUUUUAAUUUUCGAAAAAAACAAAACAAAAAAAAAUAGAUAACCGAAAAAGUUCCAUACAAAAUUAUCAGUUGAAAUAUUGUUUAAAUUUUACCAACCGCAUUUCCAAAUAAAAUUAACCAUAUAAAUUAAAGCCGUGCCACAAUCCGUGUAUCACAUUCACAGUGAAAAGGAAGACAGGUUCCAAGUUGAAUCCAUUACUUUGUUAUACAAUUUCAAGCAUGCAACGAUCGUUGUUAAAGAGUGGCCUUUCAAGGACUCUGGUCCUGCUCAAUCCCCUGAAGUCCUUCCACCACAAGGGCCUGUAUGCGGAGGAGGUCCUGGAGGAUGCUCCCGUGGCCCAGAGCCGUUGCCUGGAUCUCCUGGGCCGACUGCUCCACGGUCGCCUGAACCUCCUGGGCGGUCGUCCUGUUCCACCCCGAUUCCUGCCCAUGUUGGUCGGGGAUCAGGAUCGCAGCCUGCACUUCAAUGCCGAGGAGGACGAGGAGUUCCGCCAGAGAUUGGGCAUGCAACUGAGGGAGUUGCGCGAGGCGCUGCAGGAGACGCAGGAGGGUCGGGAGGAGGAUCUGCAGGACGAUGACGACUUCGGCGAGGAGGAUCAGCCCUACACCACGGCCACCUCGCAGGAGAUCACAGUGGAGGACCUCACCGAGGAGGAGCUCAACGAGAUGCGGGCGGUGCGAAUGAGUGCCGGCCAGGAUGAGGGCAAGUCGGGGAGCUUCGAUCAGCCGGAGACGGCCGAGUUGGAGGCCGAGGAGACGACGACGACGACGACGGCGGGGGAGGCCAAGGAGCCGCAGGAGCCCGAGGAGACCACGAGCGAUGUCCACGAGCGGAUGCACGAGGGCGAGAUCGAGGGCGUCUACUGGACGGGCGAGGGCAAGAGGGUGGUCACCCAGGUGCCGCAGCGCAAGACGGGACACUCGGGCUUCAUCGACGGCGAGGGCGAGGAGAUCCACGAGGAGGAGUCCCCGUCCAGAGCGGCCCCCUACCACCCCCCCGCCCCGCGGGCCAAGGCCACCUCCAAGCUCCUCAAGAAGGGCCGACGGCCAAGGACCUCGUCCAAACACAGCGAAACCAGCGAUUCCGAUGAAUAACCAAGUUGCCAUAGCAAUUGAAAGCGAAACCCUCUAUUCUUAGUUCACUAAAAUAAAUACAAAAGGCUAAAGACA